GCACCUUCUUCAAGGACAAGACGAUGCUGUGCCACUUCCACAAGCCCCGCUCAGUGGGAGGAGCCAUGGGAGGGGGAGGGGCCAGUGACCGCUGUUCCUCCUCUGGCUCCUCCCCCCUCCCCUGCGACCCCCCCGUCUUGUUGCUAAGCGACCCGUACGACUGUGAGCUUCGCUGUUUCGCGGUGUUUCGGCGCGUGUUCGUGCAGCGAGACGAGGCGCGUCAGAUCGCGGCGGUGGUUCAGAGGGGGGGGGGCCCGCACACCUUCAGGGUGGGGGCUCUGCUGUUCCACGCCAUUGGGAGGCUCCUCCCCCUUCAGAUGAGACGCUUCCACAACAAAACGGCCAUUUUCCCCAUCGGAUAUCGAGCCGAUCGCAUCUACUGGAGCAUGAGAAACAGCAACAGGCGCUGUAAGUACCUGUGCUGUGUGGAGGAGCGGGAGGGCCGACCGCUCUUCAAGGUGAGGGUCGAGGAGCAGGGAUACGAUGACAUCAUCCUCACUGGACCCUCCCCCAAAGGUAAACAGGAA